UGUGAAGGUGAUAUGAGGACACACACUGACAACAAACACUCUGAAUGCUCUAAAAAGAAGACCGACGUCCAGCAGCUGAUUGGUCAGUCAGAAGAACUUCCCCCUCAGUUAGGGGGAAACUCCACUUUGAAGCAGGAGACUCCACAACCACCCUGCAUUAAAAAGGAAGAGGAGGAACUCUGCAUCACUCAGGAGGGAGAGUGUCUUCUAGAACCAAAGGAGGCUGAUCUCACCAAGUUGCCACUGACUGUUGUCUCUGUGAAGACUGAAGAUGAUGAAGAGAAAUCACAACCAGACAACCUUUUAGCUCCACUCUCGGAUAGUGAGGCUGAAGAUGAGGCUGAAGAACCUUUGAGCAGUGAAACAGACUGUGAAGGUGAUAUGAGGACUCACACUGACAGCAAACACUCUACAAAGAAGAGAGGAAAAAGACGUUAUAGCUGCUCAGUUUGUGGUAAAGUCUUUUCUCGAAAGAGCAUUUUGACUCGACACAUGAGAACACAUACGGGAGAAAAACCAUUUAAGUGCUCAGUUUGUGGUAAAAGUUUUUCCCAAAAAGGACAUUUGAUUGAACACAUGAGAACACACACAGGAGAAAAAACAUUUAAUUGCUUAGAUUGUUGUAAAAGCUUUACUAGAAAGAGCCAUUUGACCCAACACAUGAGAUCGCACACAGGAGAAAAACCGUUUAAGUGUUCCGUGUGCAGUAAAAGUUUUUCGCAAAAGAUCCGUUUGACUGAACACACGAGAACGCACACAGGAGAAAAACCGUUUAAUUGUUCAGUUUGCGGUAAAAGCUUUCCUCGAAACAGCGACGUGACUCAACACAUGAGAACACACACAGGCGAAAAACCAUUUCAAUGCUCCGUUUGUGGUAAAAGCUUUCCUCAUAAGACCAAUUUAAUUCAACACAUGAGAACACACACAGGAGAAAAAACAUAUAUUUGUUCAGUUUGUGGUAAAAGCUUUUCUCGAAAGAACAAUAUGAUUCAACACAUGACGACACACACGGGAUAAAGUAACUUGUAAUUGUUCCUUUUGUUUUCAAAAGAGCUAUUUGACUCAACACAAUAAAACUCACUGGAGAGAAUCUAUAUAAUCUAUAUUUUUUGUCAAGUCAAGUCAAGUCAACUUUAUUUAUAUAGCACAUUUUCAACAACUUUUUAGAUUGCACCAAAGUGCUUUACAGGUUAAAAAAGCAUGGAGCAAACAAAAAACAAACAAAAAAAACCAACAACAAAAAAAACAAAACUAAGCAAAACAAAAAAAACAAACAAAGAACAUAAACAAUGAGUGUGCUAAACAAGAUAAUGCAAAUGCAAUACGGUAAA